AUGGGCGCAUCGCUGAUGUUGCUGCUGUGCGUGACUGUAGCAGCACUUUCCACAUUCCAGUUUGGAUUUGCCAGUGGUGUCAUCAAUCAGCCCAGGGAUGCUAUUACUGUUUGCAAAGAAAUUGAAGCUCCCAAUCAAGUAUUGCCAAACUGUAUUCCAAUGAAUGACAUCGAAUGGGGCCUCUUCGUGUCCUUGUUUCUUCUCGGAGGCAUUCUAGGAGGCUUGAGUGGAGGUUACGCAUCUACAUCACUAGGUCGACGCCGCGCGCUAUUAUACAACAAUCUGUGGUAUUUUAUGGGUGGAGGCUUUCUAGCUCUUGGAAAUAAUGCCAUACAGCUAAUGUUUGGAAGGUUUCUUGUUGGUAUUGGCGCAGGAGUUUCAACCGUAGUCGUUGGACUGUAUAUCAACGAAUUGGCACCACCAUUCCUACGCGGCAGCUUAGGAGCUUGUAAUCAAUUAUCCAUCGUUGUAGGUGUUGGAGUCUCUCAACUGGUAGGUGUUGGUGUCUCGCAGCUUCUUGGAAUCUGGCUUUCUACACCGACGCUGUGGAGGUCGUUGUUUGCCUGCACCUGGGGUAAAUACCUAUAUGUUCCUUUCAGUCUUGCUCCACCAGAAGUAUUAAUGACAGGGUGGCUCUCAUCGCAAGGCCUUGUUUUGGAUGCAAAACGGGCUUUACAAAAGUUACGAGGAAUAGAUGGAGUUGAUGACGAACUUACAGAUAUCUUGUCUGUGGCUGGAGCUACAUCAAAUGACAGUUUGGAUGCGCGGCCAUUCAGACCUGGACAUGACUUUGAAGAUGAUGUCGAAGGACGCGGAGAAGAUGGCAACGAUGCCGAUGAUGAGAACGACACUCUGCCUAUAAUCUCAGCCUCGUCUCCUUCACGUAUUCACCGAAACCAUGGGCUGAAACCAACUGUUACAGUCUUCAAUCUGUUUAAAAUCAAGGCAUUACGAGGUCCCUUGAUUGCUGCCUUUGGAUGUCAGGUUGCACAGCAACUCUCUGGCAUCAAUGCUGCGAUUUACUACUCUACUACGAUAUUCAAACAGUCUUAUGAUGCCAAGACAGCGACCCUUCUAACGAUGAUAGUGUCACUUGUGAAUUUUGUAAUGACUUUGGUGAGCUUAGUGUUAAUUGAGAGGCUGGGAAGAAAGCAGCUCAUAAUCAUCUCUCAAGGGACUAUGGGAGUUUGUGCACUGGGACUCGCUGGAGCAUUUUCACUGAAUUUUGCUCCAUCUGUGAUCGCAUUAAUGCUUAUGAUGUUUGUUGGAGCAUUUGCUGUGGGACUUGGACCCAUACCGUGGUUGAUACUUCCAGAACUUAUUCCCUCUUAUGCGACCGGACCAUCAGCAUCGAUAUGUACCGCAAUCAAUUGGACAUCAAGCUUUGUAGUGGCAUUGGUUUUGCCUUCAGCUAUAUCGCUCGCUCGGACAAUAAUGACAGACAAGGACAAGACAUUGCUAGAUAGAUUCGCGGCUCUCUCAAAGACUCCAAAAGAUGAUCAGCCAAUAGCCAGCGAAGACGAACUGCUGUCUAGAUUCACCAAACUCACAGGCCAUGCGCCAAUAUCAUCAGUGCCAACAGGCAUCACCACCACAAACAACUCUUACAGGCUAGAUCAUCCCAACGAACUACACGAAGACAUCAUAAACGAACUGCUUCAUGAAGGACUGGACGAUAUCCACCUUGACGGCUACGAAGAACCUCAUAUAUCGCUUCCAAACGGACAUCCAACAACACCCUCAAAAUACGUCGACUUUAUUGAAUUACUCUCUACUACAACAUCACCAGCUUCAACCAAACGCACUAGUGCAGCAUUUGACGAUAUUGAUCCCGAUGUAAAAGCUCUGCUAGACGAAGUACAUACCGAAGUGAAACUCGAAAACAAGCAUGGAGAGAUAGUAAGGAAUGAUGAAUUAUCGCUCAUGGAACGAGUGAGGAAACUCAAAGAGCUUGAAAUAUCAUCGUCAGCUAUGACGGAGUCUAGUAAAGCUGAUAAUGGGAAUAGCGCGAAUGCGUCUGAUAAGAAGAAACAGCCUGCCGUGAAUAGUAGCAGCAGCAAUAACGGUGGUACUGGUAGCAACAAGAAGAAGAUAGUCGAUAAGACGGCCAAAAUCACAUUAGGUGCUCCUCCAACCGUACCGUCACUCCAAGACUUUUCCAAUGAGGAUGAUCCAGACACUUGGUGUUGUAUAUGCAAUGACGAUGCAGUAGUGAGUUGUCACGAGUGUGACGAUGACAAGUACUGCUUGACGUGUUUCCGAGCAGGCCACUAUGGGAAUGAUCCAGAGCUUCGCCGCCAUGUUGCCACAAAGUAUGUGAAGCCAAAAAGGACCUUGAACUGA